CGUAAAUUGGUUCGGUGUAUCACGUGACAACUUGGCGGUUUCAAAAUUAAUGUGGUGGAUGCUGGCAAAAUAACAAUUAGAAAAGAUGUCUCACUUAAACAUGACAUACCCAAAGAAGAAGAGGAAGAGAUCAGUUACUGGCAAUCCUCCCGAAUUGCCACAGAAUACUUGUGUCUUUUGUCGUUCGACUGAAGACUGUGAAGAGGAUUAUGGGAAGGUCAUUAAGAAAUGUGGUUUCACUGUCCACUACUUCUGCAUGCUGUUUGCGAGUGGCCUCAGCCAGAGUGGCAAGACAGAAACACAAGGAAUCUUUGGCUUCAUGCCAGGAGACAUUCGACGCGAGCUCAAGAGAGGCAAUAGGCUGCGCUGCACCUACUGCAAGGAGAGGGGGGCAACUAUCGGCUGCGUGGUCACAUCAUGUCGCAAGGCAUUCCACCUGACUUGUGGCCGCAAGAAGGGAUCACUGCAUCAGUUCUACGACUCCUUCAGGUCCUACUGUCCCGAUCACCGGCCGCGCCAGACUGUGCAGAUCAGCGACCGCCUGGCGUUUGUAGGGACAGCGAACACUGUGUGCAGCAUCUGUAUGUACGCUGUCGUAGCCCGCUCCUCCCACGAGACCAUGAGGGCACCCUGCUGCAAGAACUCCUGGUUUCACCGCUCCUGCAUACAGAGAUAUGCUAUGUCUGCUGGUCUGUAUUUCUUCAAAUGUCCGCUGUGCAACAGCAAGGACUUGUUCCAGUCGGAGAUGCUUCAUUGUGGCAUAUACAUCCCUGAUCAAGAUGCAUCAUGGGAGCGAGAGCCAAAUGCCUACCAAGAUCUGUAUGAGAGAUACUCCCACUGUGAUGCUGCCAAGUGCAAGUGUCUGCAAGGGCGAGAUUAUGACCAAGAUGACACGAAGUGGGAGAUCAUAGUCUGUGAGUACUGUGGCUCCAAGGGCAGCCAUGCCGCCUGUCGGGGCCUGGAACUUAUACGCAAAGAAUACGCCUGUGGAGAGUGUGCAGAGAUCGAGAAGAAAAGAGUUAAAAAACGUGGAAAGAAGAGCCCACCUCGAGUUCGGAACAGAACCCAAGCCGAACUUCAACACCUUUUGGAAGUGAGGGUUGCUGAACUUGUCACACAAAAAUCCAACCAGAAUACACCCAAUUCUAAACAGCCAACACCUAAAUCUAAAGCCGGCACGCCCUCCCUUGGUUCUCUGCGGUCAGUGCGGCGGUCAAGGAGAGAUCAACGUGGAGAUGUUGUGGUCAUGCAGCAGGAAGGAACAGACGCUGAGGUGGACGUGGAGGGUUUGGGGAGUGACGAAGAUCCCUCAUCCUCAGAAACUCCUGCCAUGAAGAAAAGACGACUCAGUUUGCAACGGUCAUCUCGAUCCCAGACUAAGAGAAUAGGAAGACAUAUUGGCACCAUGAGCAGUGAUUCACGUUCGUCGAGUAUUCCUAGCACAAGGGGAAAGUAUUCUAAUUAUGUAACUCUGUCGACAGUGACAGACACGGAGGUGAGGAAGUGGGGUACAACAGAAACAGAGUCGUCCAACUCUGCAUCCUUGCUCAAUUACAUGGAUGAUAGUGACGAUGUGUCGCAGACAUCGGACAGUGACAGUGAGAUCUGUGCAGUGGAUGAAGUACACGAGGACUCCACGAAGAAGACAGUGACCAUCAAAUGGAAAGGGAAGAAGAUCAAAAUCUACAAAGAAGUGGAGAAGGAUGACAGUGAGGAUAUAUCCAAAUGGAGUCUUCAUCUGGAGGUGGGUGACUCGGAUGACCUUCAACCCUCCACAUCCCAGACGCCACCGCCAGACGGAGGGAAGGUCAAGGAGGAGUCACCCCCUCAACUUGUUCCAAUAGAUGAUGAAAUAACCAUCCGAUGCACGCCUCCAACCCGACCGUACAUGCUGAAUGUGAAAGCUAACUCGGUCAAACAGCAGACGGACAAAAUCAAGGGAGAAGAUGUAAAAUGUGAGGAAGCUCCACCUGUUCUGUAUUCUGUUUGGGAGGAGGAUUCUCAGACAGGGGGCAGUCGAAUUACACGCAGCAUGUCUGUCGAUAGCAAAAAUAGUUGCAGCCAAGAUUAUAUUGACUCUAUUGACAUCAUGUCACGUAAUUCAAACACACCCAGACAUUCAAGAAGGUCGCUAGAAUGUGCCUUUACUUCUCAUGAUAAUCGAUCCAAGUCGCCCUGUUUGGGUAAAAGAUUCCGUGAGAAUGAUGCUGAGAGUAUUUCAUCAGCAGCCAACUCAGUCAUCACCUUGUCCUCAAAUGUGAGUGAUACUGGUGAGAACGAAAGUGACUGCCUGAUAGUCGAACCUGUGUAUGUGACCGAGAACCAACGAAACGUGUCGGACGGUAAGGUGUCCUAUUCAGCACAGAUUGCCGUGGGGAGUCCAUUCAAGGAUGGGGAGUACCCCGAGACUGUGCCUUACCGCCGGAUUACAACAGGGCAUGGCAGUGUAGGCGUUGUGAUAGACUUGACUGACAGUCCGUCCGAGACAUGGCUCGGCUUUGCUGAUACUGAUAACUCAUCGAGAUCAAACAGGUCAUCGUAUUCAUAAUUAGUCAGGAACUUUUAGAAACAUUGAUAGUUGAACUAUUCAGUGAAGUGAUGAUCAUUACAGUUGUCAUGGUAAUAUGCACAUAGAUGACGUUCUUGAAAUUGUAGGCCAGCCAAGUCUGUGGCUCUUGGACAGUAAAAUCAUCAGCUUACUUUGUUUCAUGGACGAAAACUAGAAGUUCUGAUACUGACUCAGAUUUUGGGUGGGAAUAAUUAUAAGGAAAUAAAGCCGUUGGGUUCUCAGGCCUCGUGCAUCAGGGAAACACAUGGGCAUCAAGAUCAUUUGUAAUCUGCGGUAAGACCUACGAGGGAACACUGAACCUCUGGAAGCUCCAGAGGUUAGGACAAAAGUCAGAAAGUUUUAUUCUGAGAACCAGUUUUUAUUUUUUUAAACUUUAAUUAGGUUCAUGGUAAUGUAGUUGUACCGCACAAGACUUCUUUUAUUAAAAGAUGUGUAGAAAAAUAUAAUUGCUUGCCAAUUAGCCUCAGUUAAAUUAUCCAUGUAACCAUGGUAACUAUGGUGUAAUGGAACCAGUUUAGAUUUUUGGUUUGACCCAGGGUUCCUGAUGGUCACAUUUGUUUUCAUUUCUCCACUGGGUGGAUUGUCUGCAAGAACUGCUGAUGUGGUAUUUAGCCAAAUGCUCUGACUUCAGUGACACAAGAUAUAAUUGACUCUAGCUUUCAGUGAGAGGUGUUUUGUGUAUUUUGAAACAAAGCAAAAUUUUGUAUUCAUUCAUCUUGAAACACAGGCUAGAUGUGUGUGUGUUGACAGAUGUCGUCGUUUAUUCUCUUUGUGUUUACUGCAAGGUACCGCUUCUUUUUUUAUAUUGAAAAAGAAAGGUUUAAAUACUAAGUUUUACAUUAUUGCAUUGCAUGCAUGCAGAAAUACAUGUAAAUUUAAGAAUGUAACAACAUUAACAAGAUUUAAAAAGCCCUGUAAAUGAAUUUUGGACAUUAUUGUUUUUUACAGUUUUUGUUGCCACUGGCACUUCGUAUAUAGAAAUAUCCAUGGCAGAUGUAUAGAGAAGGUUGUCCAGUCUUUCAUGGAGCAGGGUUUAAUAGAUUAAACAUUGCAUCUUUUUACCUAGAAAAAGUACAUGUAUUAGAACCGGUGUUAUAAUGCUAAAGUGACUGAAUAUAUUUCGGUUAUAUUCCUUUUUUCUCCUGAUAUGUCGGAGUGAUACUAUUGGGUUUCCUGAGCUGACAUUUUCAGAAGGAUGUCCAAAUAUUCACAAUAUUUGUUGACAAUGAUGAUUUUACAAUGCUGUGCAAGUUUCUCACAUAUUUCAAAGAGUUUGUUUCCACUCCCUGCGGAAUGGCAGUUGGCUUUGAACGACUACACAGCUUCUAUAUUGUAUGCUUUCAUCAAUGUAGUUUCGUGUACAGUCAGUAUAUUUAUUUUUUGGAAAUGGCUGAGUAUUUGUUGUAGCCCUCGUGGAAGUAAUGUUGAAUAAUUCUUGUAUUGAUGGAUGCCGUUUUCUCCGUAUUUGACACCCUGUACCAAUAAGUGCCCCCGACCAACUUCUAGACCAAUCUGUGAGUAAUCUAUAGGUGCUCCCUACUAACAGUAAAUAGUUUUGUGAUAGUCUGUAUUUUCUUCAGAUUUCUGAAGGUGUAGAAGGAUAUAUAAUCGCCUGAUGACUUAUCAAAAAAGUUUUUUAAGUUUUGGUGACGUUGGACCUAAGUUUGUUCACUACCAUUCGAUCUCUGAAGAUAAAUUGGGGGGCAUGGGUGGCCCAGUCGCUGUGCAGAGUUGUGUCCCUUGGGCACGCCAGAAACCUAUGAUUGUGUGUUCGAAUCUCGGUUCGCCCCGAUUAUGUUUCUAGGUUUGUCAGCACCAUACCCGUGCUCGUAGGUUUCACCAAAGUGGUAAAUGUCUGAGACCUGCAUCACUUCGGGCUUUCCUCCCUUUUUAAUACUGUUAAAAGCGGUGUUAAACCCAACUCACUCACUCGCUGAGCAUAAAUUGAGCUUCUUAGUUUUGGUUUUAAAAAACACACUCCUUUGUCAAUUUUCCAAGCCCCCCAAGGUGCUUAUUUUGGUAAAUACAGUAAUGUUUAAAAAGCUGGAAAUUUUGGUGAGCUACAGAACUUCUUUGCUGUAUUUUCAUUAUAGUUUUGGGACAAUAUGCAUCCUUUUUUAAAGGACCGGGUAGAAUAAGGGCCUUUUUGGACCACAAGAUGUACAUGAUUUAAAAAUUGAGGAAAACUUGAGAAAUUGUUAUGAAAGUUUAUCAGGUAUGUUCACAUGAAUGAGAACUAAACUUUGUUCAGUGAAACAACUGCAUGUUUGCUUCACAACAGUCAUUUCAUAAGAGGAUAAAAUGUGUUAUUGAGGCUGAUUUUAGAGGCUUCCAUGAGCAAAUCUUUGACCUAAGGUGAUUUUCAUAGAUGUGCAGAAGAACAUAAGUCAUGGUAAAAAAGUAAUCUUGGGUCACAGACUUGCUUGUACUUUGCCAUGUCUUGCUCUCGUUUUAGCCAUAUUUGUGUAUUUGACCAGGUCAGCUGUCCAUGUCUUGCUCUCGUUUUAGCCAUAUUUGUGUAUUUGACCAGGUCAGCUGUCCAGAACAUGCAAGUGUAAGAAAGAAAAAGGCGAGUUGUCAGCUGUUUGAACAUGGGUGAUACAAUUUCAUACCAUUGUUUCAAAGUUUUCAGCAACUUUAAAAUUUAACAUUGUUGUAGACCAAAAAGUGCCCUUAUCCUACCUCCUUUACGAUAUUAUGUCUUUCUUUAUGAUAGAUGCUUUCCAAUAUGUUAAACAGUUUCUGUCAUGUUCAUCUUGCAAUCAUAUUUUAAGUCGGUUUCAGCAAAUAUGCUGGCGUUGAUAGUGAUUAUGAAACAACAGCUGGUAUUGUAACCACAGUGUUUAUCACACACCUAUCGUGUCUCUAUAUCCGGUUUAUCACAUACCUAUCGUGUCUCUAUAUCCGGUUUAUCACACACCUAUUGUGUCUCUAUAUCUGGGUUAUCACACACCUAUCAUGUCUCUAUAUCCGGGUUAUCACACACCUAUCAUGUCUCUAUAUCCGGUUUAUCACACACCUAUCGUGUCUCUAUAUCCGGGUUAUCACACACCUAUCAUGUCUCUAUAUCCGGGUUAUCACACACCUAUCAUGACUCUAUAUCCGGGUUAUCACACACCUAUCAUGUCUCUAUAUCCGGUUUAUCUACACCUAUCAUGUCUCUAUAUCCGGUUUAUCACACACCUAUCGUGUCUCUAAAUCCGGUUUAUCACACACCUAUCGUGUCUCUAUAUCCGGGUUAUCACACACCUAUCAUGUCUAUAUCCUGUUUAUCACACACCUAUCAUGUCUCUACAUCAUGUAUAUCACACACCUAUCGUGUCCCUAUAUCCGGUUUAUCACACACCUAUCAUGUCUCUGUAUCCUGUUUAUCACACAGCUAUUUGUCCCGUAUAUCACACACCUGUUACUCUUUCCUAUAAGCGAAGCUCAUUUCUGGUGCCCCCGCCGGGAUAUUGCUGGAAUAUUGCUAAAAGCGGCCGAAAACCAUACUCACUCACUCACUGCUAGUUCUUGGGGUACAAUUGAAUGUUUUGUUUUCUUUAAAUUUCUUAGUGUUAUGUUUACUUUGGUGAUCAACUUUUGUCUCAGUUUAGAAUCAGAAUUUGAAUUCAGCUUUGCUCUCUUUUGUUUCGUGAUUAUUAUUUGGUUCAGUGAUUAUUUACUACAGCAUCAGCAUCAGCAUCAGCAGCACGGUUUUUUUAUCGUUUGGCCUGGCAUUGGUUGACCAAGAAAUAAACUCAGUCUGUUUGAACUGAAAGAUUUUACUACUACACCAGAAAAUGAAUUGAUUUCUUACAAA